GCCAGAAAGUCAGCAUCAUCGAGAGAACGACGGAAAGCGUCGAGCAGCUGUGAACGGGGUCACUGUGAAGGUGUCAAAUAACCAUUAAAUACAAUACAGCGUUUUGAUAAAAUAAACUCCCGUAGACGUAUCAGUGUCGUCGGUACGUGUUUCAAAAGUUAAACCAUGUCAACCCCGGCUAGAAGAAGACUUAUGAGAGAUUUUAAACGGCUACAAGAGGACCCUCCAGCUGGUGUCAGUGGUGCCCCAUCUGAAAACAACAUUAUGGUGUGGAAUGCAGUCAUAUUUGGCCCUGAAGGAACUCCAUUUGAGGAUGGUACAUUUAAACUCAUUGUAGAGUUCACAGAAGAAUACCCCAACAAACCCCCCACAGUACGAUUUGUGUCAAAGAUGUUUCAUCCAAAUGUCUAUGCAGAUGGAAGUAUAUGUUUGGACAUCCUACAGAAUCGUUGGAGUCCCACUUAUGAUGUGUCCUCUAUUCUUACAUCUAUCCAGUCCCUGCUCGAUGAACCAAACCCCAACAGUCCAGCCAACAGUCAGGCAGCUCAGCUGUACCAGGAGAACAAGCGGGAAUACGAGAAGCGUGUGUCUGCCAUCGUAGAACAAAGCUGGAGAGACAGUUGACCUGACAAUCCUGAUAGCUGCUCUCUCCAUUGUUAAGCUGUGUGUGCUGCAAGUUUUAGUGGAGUACCUCUUAAUUUUUGCCCUCCUCCUCCCCCCUUUUUGAUUUUAAGCUUUUAUGCACUUUACCUUCAAUUUCCCAUCAUAGAUUUUUUUUUUGCCCAAGAGGGAUUUAUUUUUUCUAUUCUGUCCCCCUUUUCCAGUCCAUCAGGGGAAAUGUGCUGAAUCUUGCCUUGAUGUUUUUUCAGUAUGGACUUGUGGGCCAUUACCCAAAAAUCCUGGUGUGUUCUUACUCGCUGUAAUAACUCCCCAUGACUAAUUAUGUUCAGUGUUUCGAAGGGUGUAUGAAUUAAAUCAUGGGUCGUCCUCUGUUGUGCUCCUUAUCUUUUCUGCCGGUUUGUUUUCACAAGGCAGUUUGUCGGCUCCGAUGUAAUCAUCCUACCCUUCCUUGGAAGAACGAGCAGCCUGAGCAUCACGGACUACAACUAAAUCAGACAUCUUUACACCGUGUCUUUUGCUGUGUUGUGAACUCUGUUACAUGCAUGACAGAAAGAGUGUAUUCAUGUUCCUGUUCAGUACUCAUGUAUAUAGGAAACCUGCAACUGAAUUUAUGUACAGAUUUUGCACUGGUUGUCCCCAUGUCAUUUUUUCAGCACUUGUAAAUAAAAAAAAAAGGCGAAUCCA